UUGUCUGUCUCUAAUGGUCUCUCUCUCCCCUUUCUCUAUUUCUCUAAAUGUUUUCCUUCCCUUCUCCCUGUUACAUCUAUGAUCCGACUGUUCCGUUGGACGUCCACGGCAUGAAUAGGGACCCUGCAGAGAGCUCUCUCUACCAGCCCCACCACCUCCCAGCAGACGGCGGGGACCAGUCCAACAACAAACAGAAGCAGGACUUCCACAACCUGGGCUUCAGCAACAGCAACAAGUACAACGAUGGAGAAGAUGGAGGACAAGGCCUCAAGCUGGAGAUCGACAACAACCAGAUCAACAGGCUUCACGCAGUGCCCGCCAACCCAGAGAGGGGGCAGGGGAGGGGGCAGGGAGUCAAGCCUUGGGCAGUGGAGGGUGGUGGUGGUGGUAGGGGUCUGUAUAUCCUCCAUCCAGAGGGUCAGGUUCCUAGACGAGAUCCAUCUAAGGGCCCCAGCCAAGUUCCAAUCUACCCUAACACACUCUCCCUGGAUCAUAGUCACCAUCUGACACAUUUGGGCGACAAUGACUCCCACAAGAUUAGGAUGUUCCGAAAUAGCUCGGACCCCUCCUGGCCCGGUGUGGGGUGCUACACCUCGUUGACGGAUGAGCUGGAUGAGAGGGUGGGGGGCACACCUGAGUACCUGUGUGACACAGGGGAUGAGGAGAGCGUCCUGUCUGUGGAUAUUCCAACUAGUACAACUAGCCUGUCCUCGGCAGACACGAAGGAUGAUAGGAGGGCGCCGGACGCCACUACCGGACGGGAAGAAGAUGACGUGUAUCACAUCACAAACUCUAUGGUGGCGGAAGCUCUAGCGGCUCUAGAUGCGGCAACCGCCGGGGAGGACUAUGAGGACUAACUCUUUAAAAACUCUUAAAUAUUUUUCUACAAGGCCUCUUACUAUUCCAAAAGCACAGUCUAACUUCGAUAUCUAUUUUAGCUUCAAUAUCUGCUGGGGUGAACAGAAGGAGAUUUUUUUUUAACUAAAAUAUGGAUUUAUUUUUUAACAUACUGUAGAUCAUGCAUAUUUGUCUUGUGAGUCACAUGGGCAUACAGUACCAGUCAAAAGUUUCUUUAUUUUUUACUAGUUUCUACAUUGUAGAAUAAUAGUGUAGACAUCAAAACUAUGAACUAACACAUAUGGAAUCAUGUAGUAACCAAAAGAGAGUUAAACAAAUCAAAAUAUAUUUUAGAUUUCUCAAAGUUGCCACCCUUUGCCUUGAUGACAGCUUUGCACACUUGGCAUUCUCUCAACCAGCCGUCAUUGUAAGUAAGAAUUUGUCCUUAAUUGACUUGCCUAGUUAAAUAAAGGUUAAAUAAAAAAUGUAGAAUGCUUUUCCAACAUUCUUGGAGGAAUUCACACAUAUGCUGAGCACUUGUUGGCUACUUUUCCUUCACUCUAUGGUCCAACUCAUCCCAAACUGUUUCAAUUGGGUUGAGGUUGAGUGAUUGUGGAUUUCAUGUCAUCUGAUGCAGCAUUCCAUCACUCUCCUUCUUGUUCAUAUAUGGCCCUUACACAACCCGGAGGUGAGUAUUGGGUCAUUGUCCUGUUGAAAAACAAAUUAUUGUCCUACUAAGUGCAAACCAGAUGGGAUGGCGUAUCACUGCAGAAUGCUAUGGUAGCCAUGCUGGUUAAGUGUGCCUUGAAUUCUAAAUAAAUCACAGACAGUGUCACCAGCAAAGCACCCCCACAGCCAUCCCACCUCCUCGUCCACGGUGGAAACCAUACAUGCGGAGAUCAUCCGUUCACCUACUCCGCGUCUCACAAAGACAAGGCGGUUGGAACCAAAAAUCUCAAAUUUGGACUCAUCAGGCUGAAGGACAGAUUUCCACCAGUUUAAUGUCCAUUGAUCGUGUUUCUUAGCCAAUGCUUGUCUCUUCUUAUUAUUGGUGUCCUUUAGUUGUGGUUUCUUUGCAAAAAUUCGACCAUGAAGGCCUGAUUCACGCAGUCUCUGAACAGUUGAUGUUGAGAUGUGUCUGUUACUUGAACUAUGUGGAGCAUUUAUUUGGACUGCAAUCUGAGGUGCAGAGAGCUCUAAUGAAGUUAUCCUCUGCAGCAUAAGUAACUCUGGGUCUUACUCUGGGUCUUCCUUUCCUGUGGCGGGCCUAAUGAGAGCCAGUUUCAUCUUGGUUGAGACUGCACUUGAAGAAACUUUAAAAGUUCUUGACGUUUUCUGGAUUGAUUGACCUUCAUGUCAUAAAGUAAUGAUGGACUGUUGUUUCUCUUUGCUUAUUUGAGCUGUUCUUGCCAUAAUAAAGACUUGGUCUUUUACCAAAUAGGGCGAUCUUCUGUUUAUCACCCCUACCUUGUCACAAAACAACAGCUUGGCUCAAACGCAUUAAGAAGGAAAGAAUUUCCCCAAAUGUACUUUUAACAACUUGUUAAUUGAAAUGCAUUCCAGGUGACCACCUCAUGAUGCUGGUUGAAUGAAUGCCAAGAGUUUGCGAAGCUGUCUUUUUUAAAUUGUUUAAUUUCACUUUUGUUUAACCAGGUAGGCCAGUUGAGAACAAUUUCUCAUUUACAACUGCGACCUGGCCAAGAUAAAGCAAAGCAGUGUGACAAAACAACAACACAGAGUUACACGUGGGAUAAACAUAUGUACAGUCAAUAGCAUAAUAGAAAAAUCUGUAUACAGUGUGUGCAAAUGAAGUAAGGAGGUAAAGCAAUAAAUAGGCCAUAGUGGCAAAGUAAUUACAAUUUAGCAAUUAACACUGGAGUGAUAGAUGUGCAGAUGAGGAUGUGCAAGUAGAAAAACUGGUGUGCAAAAGAGCAGACAAACAAAAACAAAUAUGGGGAUGAGGUAGGUAGUUGGAUGGGCUAUUCACAGAUGGGCUGUGUACAGCUGCAGCGAUCGGUAAGCUGCUCUGACAGCUGAUGCUUGAAGUUGGUGAAGCAGAUAUAAGUCUCCAACUUCAGUGAUUUUUGCUAUUUGUUCCAGUCAUUGGCAGCAGAGAACUGGAAGAAAAGGCAGCCAAAGUAGGUGUUGGCUUUGGGGAUGACCAGUGCAAUGUACCUGCUGGAGCGCUGCUAUGGGUGGCUAUUGCUAUGGUGACCAGUGAGCUGAGAUAAGGCAGAGAUUUACCUAGCAAAGUCAUCAAGGCAAAGGAUGCCUACUUUGAAGAAUCUCAAACGUUAAAAAUAUUUUCAUUUGUUUAUCAGUUUUACUACAUGAUUCCAUAUGUGUUAUUUCAUAGUUUUGAUGUCUUCACUAUUUUUCUACAAAAAUAGUAAAAAUAAAGAAAAACCUGGAAUGAGUAGGUGUGUCCAAACUUUUGACUGGUACUGUAUGUGUGACUAUUUUGCCAAGGAUUGGGUUGCGUAACGGUAGUCUGUUGUGUCAAUGUUUGUUGUACUCAGGUGCAAGAGAUAAUAAUACUCUAGGCACUUGACUGUGAAUAUUCCCAGUGUCUUAAACCUAAUUCCUAAACUACAGUACGUUUUACACUGUUUGGUGUACACUGAGUAUACAAAACAUUAGGAAAACCUUCCUAAUAUUGAGUUCUAACUCCCCCAGUAGAACAGCCUCAAUUAAUCUGUGCAUGGACUCUAAAAGGUGUCGAAAGCCUUCCACAGGGAUGCUGGCCCUUGUGUCAAAUUGUCUGUAUGUUCUUUGGGUUGUGGACCAUUUUUGAUACACACGGAAAUUGCUAAGUGUGAAAAACCCAGCAGCGUUGUAGUUCUUGACACAAACCGGUGCACCAGACACCUACUACUAUACACAGUUCAAAGGCACUUAAAUCUUUUGUCUUGCCCAUUUACCCUCUGAAUGGCACACAUACACAAUCCAUGUGUCUCCAGAGAGCUUGCUGUGCUUCAUUGUAUGAACACACAUUGAUAGGUCAUCUCCAGCUAUCUAUUUUUGUAUUGUAUCCAUGUUGUUAUUUUUUACCACUUUUUCCUAUGUUAUUUAUCAAAUCAAAUCAAAUGUAUUUAUAUAGCCCUUCGUACAUCCGCUGAUAUCUCAAAGUGCUGUACAGAAACCCAGCCUAAAACCCCAAACAGCAAGCAAUGCAGGUGUAGAAGCACGGUGGUUAGGGAAAACUCCCUAGAAAGGCCAAAACCUAGGAAGAAACCUAGAGAGGAACCAGGCUAUGUGGGGUGGCCAGUCCUCUUCUGGCUGUGCCGGGUGGAGAUUAUAACAGAACAUGGCCAAGAUGUUCAAAUGUUCAUAAAUGACCAGCAUGAUCGAAUAAUAAUAAGGCAGAACAGUUGAAACUGGAGCAGCAGCACGGCCAGGUGGACUGGGGACAGCAAGGAGUCAUCAUGUCAGGUAGUCCUGGGGCAUGGUCCUAGGGCUCAGGUCCUCCGAGAGAGAGAGAGAAAGAAAGAGAAUUAGAGAGAACAUAUGUGGGGUGGCCAGUCCUUUCCUGACUGGUUGGCCCAGUCCUUUCAGAGACAUUGCCCAAAGUUUGUAGAAAAUAAUUAGACACGUGAAGAAAAAGACCAUAGUGAGAGGUAACCACAUGGGUUGUUUGUUGUUCCUGUCUGUUGUCUGACCAGUGACGUUAGAUCAGCUUACAACUUCCCAUUGUGAAGCAUACUGAGUUGACCAAGGGCAGACAUGAUGACAUAAGACCCUAUGAAAAGAAGGAAUUAUAUCACUGAUAUUGUCACGUUCUUACCUUAGUUCCUUUGUUUUUGUCUUUGUUUUAGUAUGGUUAGGGUGUGAGUUGGUGUGGGCAGUCUAUGUUGGUUUUUCUAUGUUGGUUUUUGAGUUAGGCCUGGUAUGGUUCUCAGAGGCAGCUGUCAAUUGUUGUCCCUGAAUGAGAAUCAUACUUAGGUAGCCUGGGUUACACUUUUGGUUGGUGGGUGUUUGUUUCCGUGUGAGUGUUUGGGACACACAGUACUGUUUCGUUUUGUUCACAUCGUUUAUUGUUUUGUUCCAGUGUUCAGUUUGUUUAUUAAAAAGACAUGAACACUUACCACGCUG